GAAGGCUUUGGGUUUAGAAGACGUAAAGCAGCGUGUUGUCUCCCAGAAGUGCUACGGCAUAUUUGCGGCGUGUUUGAAGACUCAUUUACCGCUGAAAGAGCAUCUGGAACAGUUUUCUAUCAGUCAUUUCCUCUGUACUCAAAGCUACGACCAAAGAUGAAAAAGUUUUCCUUGGAAGAUAAAACCAACUCAGGACGAGUAAAUAGCUGGGUGGAUCCAUCCUUCUCUGAUGCACCUGCCAAGAGCGAGGACAGACAAAUGUGGGGCUUUCAAUCUGAAGAGAGAUCUAGAAAAUGGAAAGAAGGCCUAAAUGGUUCUCUUUGGAUGACGAAAUCAAGUGAAAGAGAUCCAGAUGAACCAUGGGUUGACAAGUAUUCACCUUGUUCACAGGUUGAACUUGCUGUCCACAAAAAGAAGACUGAGGAAGUUGAGAAAUGGAUGAGAACCCACACAAAAGCAACCAAGCAUCAGGAACACACAGGAGAACUGAUGGUAGGAGAUGAGGAUCAUAAAACGUUUGCACUGAUGGAGAAAAAGGGUGGUAUUUUGAUACUGACAGGACCAUCGGGCUCUGGAAAAACUGCGACAGUCCAAGUUCUGUCUACGAAGUUAGGUGUCAGAGUUCAGGAAUGGACUAACCCAGCAAGUACAGAACCACACUCGGGCAGUUUGUCUGAAUGGAGGUCACAAGGCUUGUCUUGCAGCUCUCAGUUGGCACAAUUUCAGGAGUUCCUUCUGCGAGUUAACAAGUACAAAUGCCUGAAAAUGAAAGGUGAAGGAGGUGCUGCAGAGAAAAAGCUCAUCCUGGUGGAGGAUUUUCCAAACCAGUUCUACAGACAACCUUGCAGCUUUCAUGACACCUUGAGGUUCUUUGUAAAGAAUAGUCAGUGUCCACUGGUAUUCAUAGUGUCUGGCUCUCGAAGUGGAGAAGGCAGCUUAUGGUCUCUUUUCCCUAAAGAGAUUCAGGAGGAGCUACACAUGAGCUGCAUCAGUUUUAAUCCUGUUCCUGCAACAACAAUGAUGAAGGUUCUGAAAAACAUUGCAUACGUGGAGGCAGAAAAGAAUCAUAAGAGUUUGCAUGUUCCUGAUAAGGCAGAACUGGAAAUGCUUUGUUCAGGAUCUUCUGGAGAUAUCCGAAGUGCUAUUAAUAGCCUACAGUUUAGCUGUCUACUGGAAAAAGGAUUGUGUACAUUGAAGAAACCACCUGCAAUAUCAUUGGAAAGAGCUGCUGCUCUAUCAAAACAGAAGGGAAAACGAGCAAAGUCGGCUAAGGAGCAAGAAGAGCAUCAGCCUAUUGGUGGGAAAGAUGUUUCUUUCUUCUUGUUUAGGGCACUGGGAAAGAUUCUGCACUGCAAACGUGGAAAUGGUGACUGUCCAAAUGAAAGGCUUGUUUUGCCAUUUCACCUUUUGCAACAUCAUAGAGAAGAAUUACUCGUGCAGCCCGAAUUGGUUGUUGAGCGUUCAGAAACUUCUGGAGAGUUUUUCAGCCUAUGCCUCCAUCAGAAUUAUCUGGACUUCUUCUCUGACAUAGAAGAUGUGGACAGAGCUAGCGAGUACCUGUCUGAUGCAGAUCUUCUCACAGGAAAUUGGAUGAUUCGUCACACAAUGGGGGACUAUGGAUCUUCAGUGGCAACCAGAGGGUUGAUCCACUCAAACUCUUGUCAACUUCCUGUUGGCUUCAGACCGCUGCACAAACCCAGUUGGUGUCUAGUCAACAAAAAGCGCCAGGACAACUGUGUGGCUGUGCAAACUUUGUUCAGGAGCUUCUGUCUUACACCAGCCGGUCUACAGACUCAGUUGCUGCCUUUCCUGGCCAAACUUUGUAACCCUACAAGGAGUCAAGCACAGAUGGCUGUUAUUCAAGAUGUUGGUCAGAUGUCGCUAAGGACAUGUUCUGGCAGAUUAAAACUGGAGAAUCUAAGAGACAAAGAGAUGGGCCAGGAGAUCGAGGAAGAAGAGGAAUUACACUGCAGGAUUGAGAGAGGAACACAAGUCAGUCAGUCCUAUCUUACUACAAACCAAGCGCUCUUGGAGGAAGAGGAAGUCAUCAUAGAAGAAUAUGACAGUGACUGAAACACUCAUUUGUUCUUUUACUGUAAGAAUAUUUCUUUGUCUCUCUCAUUCCCACAUCUGAUCUGAACUUUGAUUCAGUCGUAACAUAAAUUCUUUUUUUCUGUUGUAGACUUACUGAGGUGGUUGAGAUUACUCUCCAGUUUUGGCCAAGCUUGAAUAUUUUUAUAGCCAGUUGUACAGAUUCUGUACCGAAAUGUUAACUACCACGGUGCUGUAAAGUUGUUGCUGCUGCACACACUGCAUUUUAGUCAGAUUUGUCUACUUUCCUACUUUGUGUCCAAGUAACAUUUUUAGGCCAUUGUGGAUCAGAUACAACUUUGCAAAAUUGCUCAGCUACAUUCUGUUCAAGAAGAAAACAAACAAAAGGGCUUUUUCCUUGUGCUCUGUUAUGUGAAGGACGAUGACUGGAAAAGGUUGCAAUUUCUUUUUACUGUUGAUGUGAAGAAAAUUUACUGGUACUUUCAGCCUUUUACUGUUUUUGUGACAGUAAAAUAUAUAUAUUUUAAAUUGCAUAGUUUUAUAAAAACAAAACUGCAAUUGGUAAAUUUUCAUAAUGGAAAAUGUAAGAUGAAUUCUGGUGUAAAAAGAUUUUUACGUUUCAAAAUGUCUUCACAAAUGGUAUUGACAAGCAAAUAACCUUUCAACUUUAUAGACGUUUUGUAGUUCUGUUAUUUGCAGUACAGCAACAGGAUGGAAAGUAAUUAUUGUUCUAAAAUUUUUGAUCUCACAAGUAAUAUUCAUGGGUUAAAUUUAUAUUCUGUAUAAAAAGAUCUUGGUAUAUUUAUGUUUUCUGAUUUGGCUUGUAUUCAUCACUUGCACAGGAAUAAGACCAUUUCAGGUGUUUUGGUGAUUUUCCAUUGGCAGACAUGAAGAUGUUUUGUUUGUAGUUUUUUUUCUCCAAGAUAUAUUUUAGUAAUUAGUAUACAAAUAAAGUUGAGACCAUUUA